GUGAAGAGCGAACCGAAGCAAGAGCACAGUCUUAAAUAAAGGUCUUGCAACUCGCCCAAUUUUCAGCGUUGAGAAUAGUCUCGUUAAAGAAGCAGGGUGCAUUUAAACUUUUGGUCCCAAGCGUCGCUAUGGUCGGGUGACUCCUUGUCCAUCUCACUCUAUAACAGUCGGCUAUGGGAGAGAGAAAUAGCAACGGUCGUUUGAUCGCAACGCCUCUUGUGGCCAUGAAGCGAAAUGAAAAAUGCUUCUCUAUGGAGACUACCCCCUCCAUGGGAGUUGCAAGACCUGUACGUAAGACCGCGGGCGAGAGAAACCGCGCGAGUUCGGACGAACUCGGGAUUCUUCGGUAGCCCUGGUUUUGAACCGGGAAUCUGCAGAAAGUGCUGAUAGCGUUAUCGCGAUUUUUGGCUUUUGACGUGAGAUUGUGUGAUAUUUAAUGGAUCUUUACCACUUUACGACGGACUAUAAUUUUCAAACGGACUGUGACGUGGAUGCAGCGGAAUCGAGUGAGAGAGAGACGGGAGGAAAACAGCCAACCGUCACUAGACGAGCGACGAGUAACAAUGACUCGGUACACCCGGAUAAUCAUUUUAGGGUGGAAAAUGCCUAAGGGUAGUAUUCAUUGGCAGGGGACACAGAGGAGAGCCUGUGCUCCUGGUGCCCAUUGGAACGUGCAGGUGGUCAGAGGUAAAGUGACGACACGCUGUCUGUGGCAUGCGUGCAAAGCACUUGGAAUUGGACUUUUGUUAAUGCUUUUGGGUGCCUGCAUGGCGACUAUAGGAUAUUACGCUGAUCAGCUGUCCGUCGCUCAAGAGGUCAGAGGGAAUCUUACUGUGAAAGUUAAGAACGAGUCACGUGGUUUUCAUCUUAACAAUCUCAGCUAUGCUGGACCCAUUGUCAUGGGCGUAGGAGGUUUCAUCGUAGUGGCUGCCUGCGUUAUGACGUUCGAGGCUCGCGACAGUGCAGCCAAGGUGGUACCAGCUCGUUUCCGGUUCAAUCAAAACACACCGAUAAAAACGGCAAAGAGUCAACGAAGCCGUAGAUCGACUUCCUGUCAAACGUCACGUUGGGAUCAUCAGCUGGGUCUGUUUCGAGUGAACCGAAGUCCAAGUCCGAGUUUGCAUGACUCAUCGAGGAAGCAACUGACAGUGGAUUUAAUGAAGUUCUCGCGAAAUCUUCACGACAAGAGGACGAGUCAUCCGAUAAAGAAGAGUCCAAGCGCGCCAAGUUUGAUCGAGAAGAGGUCGCCGCGACGCCGAGCGCCGAAGUAUUCAGGAUGCGCUUUGCUGAACCCUAAGCUACUUCAGCGUCCUCUCUCGGUAGACCAUCCUGGUUACAGUCCAAAGGUCAGCCGGGAGAGCUUAGAGAAUCAGAAGAUGUCGGGUAGUCAGGUAUCCAUGGCGAUGGAUCUUCAUAUUCCUAACAAAGGACCAGUGACCUUGAAAAUAAAAGAUCGUUCAGACACCGCCAGGAGACAUCAGCUGCUACGGCAGACCAAGGUCGAGGACGAAGAGGUCGAGAUACGUAAACGAAGUCAUUCUUGUUCGCCAAAGUUACAAGGUUACACGAGGUACCCUGAUGACUUCCUGUCACGAAAACGGAACUCCGUAGACCUACUCUUUCUGGAGGAUCUCGAGGUCAAACGUACUCCACGUGACAUCCGGAAGACCACGUCACCGAAUUUUCGCAAAAUGUCUUUAGACCGUGUCGGUGGUGAAAGACGUCUUGAACGUAACCUGGGCCAUCGUAAGUCCAGUUUUGACUUCCGGCGCAGUCCAGAUUUUCGUCGUGGUGACUACCGGAAGUACUCCAUCGACAGAUUCACGGCUGACUGUGCUAAAUACGUCGCCGAAGAGGUCGAGGCCAGGUCCAGGGCUCACAGCGGCGAGAGUGUCAGGAAGCAACGACGUCCAAGACUUUAUCACUCAAAAUCAGAUGAUAACAGAAGACGAUCUUUAGAUAAGAACAGACGCGAUUCUCAGGCCAGCAGAUAUUCCCUGAAUACACAAGUGGUCCUUGGAGGCUGCGCACCUGAAUACGAACUUAAGUACUUCACUGCUACCAGUCUGGAUACUGAGGAGAGUCGUGCUGAUAAUUCGGAUGAUAGUCACGUGGUUGAGAUUAAUGAGAACACGGCAAUAACGGCAGCAUCCGAUGGUCCAGCUGAAACUGAAGCACUGCUGGAGGAACCGGAACUAGAGAAUCUUACGGAAAUCGACGUGGAGAGCUCGGUUGGCGACUUGGAUGACCUGAACGAAGAUCAAUUUAACGAAUCAGGCUUGAACACUGUGAAAGCUGAGGUUUCGGAAAUUUUGAUAAAUGAUACUGAACCACGUGACACGGCUUUGGAUAUGGAAGACGUUUGAAAAAAAAAUUUUUUUAAUUCGACAAAGAUAAGAUACAACAGCGAUGGAUCCCAUUUUCAAAUUGUCUUUUAUCUUGUUUUCUCGCUGGACGAAGAGAACAAAAAUUCAAAAAUUAAGAUUCUACGAUAUCGGUAUUGAGGAUUGAUCCGUAGUUACGGAUAGAAAAAAAAAACGAUAUCUUUCUCAGAUACGUGACUUUUUUGAAAAAAAAAUAUAUAUAUAUCAUACACGCAUAGAAAUUUAAGGGCUGCACGACCUCGAGGAUCGGUGGGCUCAAUGAGAAUAAAAACAAUAAAUCUAGCGUAAACAGAACUGACGAGAAUGAAAUUUUGCGAAUUGCGUUUUGAAAUGUGACAAUCAUUUUUCGAUUGAGACGUCGAGGCUAACCGACGUGCUCUGGCGCGUGAUAACGUAGAAUAAUAUACAUAUGUAUACAAGCGUACUUAUAUAUAUAUAUAUAUCUAUACAAACUGGUAUCUUCUUUUUGUGACAGCUGCUGAAAAAAAAGAGACACACAGAGACGUACACGCACACAAGGCCUUAUCAGCGGCAUAAAAAUAGACAGCUGCGAUUUCGCCACGUAAAAUAAGGCCUAUAUCCGUGAAUUCACGACACAAACAAUAAGAGAUGUAAUUUCUUCGAGGCAGCGAUAAUUUUGGAUGAUACCGAAAAAAAAGAAUGGAAAGGAAAAAUAAAAAAAUCGAGCUUGGUCAGCGUCUCAGAUACGCAAGUCGAACCGGAAAACAGACGUAAUGUUGUAAAACGAUCUACUAUCGUGCAAAUAUAUUUUUGUAUCCUGUAUAUAGUCGUCAUCCCGUGUAAUAUGCGUAUAAUGAUUCUAGACGGAGUUGAGAGAAUUUUGAAAAAUUAAUUUUUAUUUUAUACAUUAUCUUCCGACCUGUGGGAUAAAUGUGGGUGAAAACGAAAAAAAAAAAAGAGAAUUUGUAACACAAUUGUCAAGGACACGCUCCUUGCGAUUUUCUAUUUUUAAUUCCAAAGAUAAUAAACACAAUAAUCGAUAACUGUGUAUGUACAUUUAUGUAACGCGUAUUCAUGUGAAAACUACGUAAGCGCGAUAUUGUUCUUGUAUUUAUUGUAUUCGAAAUGCGCGCGUAGAGCGACACGAUACUUAAGGAAAAAAAAAGAAAAGCAAAGAAAACAUAAUCAAACUGUGAUCGAAUUGUACUAAAUACUGUACGAAUCGUAUAGAAGUAACGUGCACGUGUAAUUCCGUAAGGUUUUAAUUGGGGACGAUAAGGAAUGCGAUUUGUAAUUUUAAAAAAAGGUACCUAAUCAAUUAUAAAGAAAAGUGAAAUGUAAUCGUUGCAUGUUUAUUGUUGUGAAAUAUUAAU